AUGACUAAAAGAACACAAAUAAUCAAAGGACAACUAGUAGAAGUCAAAGAGGGGGAGAAGGAGGAGGAUAUUACAUUGAAUGAAUCAUCAUCAUCGAUGAAUCAAUUUAAUAGAGGAACUUUAGAGUAUGCACUACCAUGGUCUGUACUGGCACAUAUCUUUAGAUAUGCUUGGAAGGGUGGUAUGGUGUGCUCUUGUGUAUACCCUGAUAUUGCCAAACAAGCAAAUGAACAGGUAUAUGAUGGUAACAACAAUAAGGAUCCUACGUACAAGUGGAGACUCCAAUUAUCACUCGUAUCCAAACGUGUAUUUCAAUUGGUGUCAAUAAUGUUUACCGAUAUUGUGGUUGGUUUGCAUUGUCAAGACUUUGGAGUGCAUCUAUCUCGUGACACGUGUCCAAUAAACAAGAUAACUCAUCUUGUUAUUGCAAAGGAUAUUGGAGGAGUUGGAGGAGUAGGAGGACAAGACAUAUUUAAUCAAAAACAACAAAUGGCCGCUACAGCACUGUCACAGGCAGUGUCAUCAGUGACUAAACUAACUAUAAAAUCGGAUGACGGUGAAAACAUGAUAGUAUCACUCAACAAGAACCAAGUGAUGGGUGUGUUGCAACAACAAAUAGGUGAUUAUCCAUCACUCAAACAUUUGAUGUUCUUUUGUUUGACCAAUGGCGAUGAUUGGAACAAAGUAACAACUUUUCCAAACAGUGUACAAAUUCUAACCACCUUUAAUGGUAUUCCAUUCAAUGGUGUCAAAGCCAGUUUAUUCCAAUUAUUCCUCACCCGCCAACUCAUCAAUAUCAACCUUUAG